AUGGUAGAAAAUAUGAAAAAAGUCGCAUCUGCCGAUCAAGAGCUUACUGUUGAAGAGCGAAAUCUCUUAUCUGUUGCUUACAAAAACGUAAUUGGUGCACGAAGAGCUUCUUGGCGUAUUGUUUCCUCGAUCGAACAAAAAGAAGAAACCAAAGGCAAUGAAGUUCAAGUUGGUUUCAUUAAAGAAUAUCGUUCAAAGAUCGAAGAGGAAUUGACAAAGAUAUGUGAUGAUAUUUUGGAAGUACUAGACAAUCAUCUAAUUCCAUCUGCAGCAACGGGUGAAUCUAAAGUAUUUUAUCACAAAAUGAAGGGUGAUUAUCACCGAUAUCUUGCUGAAUUUGCAACUGGAGAAAGACGAAAUUUAUCUGCAGAUAAAUCUUUGGAUGCGUAUAAAGCUGCUAGUGAUGUGGCAGUCACUGAACUUGCACCAACUCAUCCAAUUCGAUUGGGAUUGGCCCUGAAUUUCUCUGUAUUCUAUUAUGAAAUUUUGAAUUCUCCUGAUCGGGCCUGUCAUUUAGCCAAGCAAGCCUUCGAUGAUGCAAUUGCAGAAUUAGAUACUCUUAGUGAAGAAAGCUACAAGGAUUCGACGUUAAUCAUGCAAUUAUUGAGGGAUAAUUUGACACUUUGGACAUCAGACAUGCAAGAUGAUAAACCCGAAGCUACUAAAGAAGAUGAACCCACCGAAACAAAAGAAGAAGCUUAA